UCGGAGAUGAGUUUAGUUUGAAAAUUUAAAUCAACAUGAAACUACUGAUUGUCCUGGUUGCCUUAGUGGCUGCUGUUUUCGCCAAGCCUCAAGUAGGACUUGGUGGACGUCCAGGAGGAUUUGGAGGACCUCAAGGAAGACUUGGUGGUCAGGCAGGAUUCGGCGGUCCAGGAGGAGUCGGCGGUCAGGGAGGAUUCGGCGGUCCGGGAGGAGUCGGCGGUCAGGGAGGAUUCGGCGGUCAAGGAGGAUUUGGUGGUCCAGGAGGAGUUGGCGGUCAGGGAGGAUUUGGCGGUCCGGGAGGAGUCGGCGGUCAGGGAGGAUUCGGCGGUCAAGGAGGAUUUGGUGGUCCGGGAGGAGUCGGCGGUCAAGGUGGAUUUGGUGGUCCGGGAGGAUUUGGGGGACCCAACAACGGCUAUGGCGGUGGCUUUAACGAACCGAAUCAUCGGCACCAUGAACGUCAUGAACAUCAUGGACAUCAUAGACAUCCUGAGCAGAAUGGCUGGUAGUUUCCCAAUUUAAAAACCAAAAAUUAAAAAAAAAAUCAAAAAUGCCAAUAAAUCAAAAACAAUUUUUACGUCAUUUAACCGAA